AUGGUUAAGUACACAUUCAAGCCACAAAACACGACCAAGACCUCAAUGGCCCGUGGUGAUGAUCUCAAGGUCCACUUCAAAAACACAUUGAACACUGCUGCUGCUAUUAAGGGAAUGAAAGUUGUUCGUGCUCAAGCCUACUUGAACAACGUCUUGAAGAGAAAGGAAUGUAUUCCAUUCAGAAAACACAACGGAGGUGUCGGAAGAAGCGGCCAAACAAAAGGAAUGAACUGUGCGUUCGGAAGAUGGCCAGUCAAAUCGUGCAACUUCAUCUUGAAACUCAUCAAGAGCGCCGUUGACAACGCCAAGGCUAAAGGUCUCAACACAAAUCUCUUGGUCAUCAGCCAUAUUUGCGUCCACCAGGCAAGACAAACCAGAAGAAGAUUGUACAGAGCUCACGGCUCAAUUAACACUUUCGCUAGCUCACCAUCCCACAUCGAGAUCGUCUUGACUGAAAAGGAGAAGAGAGUCACUAAGCCAAAGACUGCUGAUACUGACAAGAAGGCUGCUCCAAAGCACUUCUUCCAACCACUCCUCAAGAUGUUCUAA